AGAAAAAAAAAACUCAACCAUUUCCCAUCGAAUGGUUUAUUGCAGUCGCAAGCCCGACUCCCCACGGUUACGCUCUCGUCCCGUUGGCGAAAGCUCAUCUCUACGCGAAGUGCCGUUUUCCUAACAAGAUUGCGACUGAACCAUCCCGACCUCUUUAUCUCUCUCUGUUUCUCUCUCCCCCUCUUGCCGAGCACCCUUUUUCUGAAGCAAGACAUAUGCCAUACAGUUGACCAUAGGGUUGUUGAACUUGCACUUAGAAUUGCAUUCUGCAAAUCCAAGUUUUGAGAGUGAUUUCGGAGCUGAUUAACUGAAGUUCAAAUUUAUUGUUUCUGAGAGACCAUUGUAGCUAUGGCUGAUUUUCAAACCUCGACUCAUCGAGUCAAGUGGAUCUUCUCUCCACGAGACUUGAUGGAAAAGUACCAAGCUGCAAAUUACAGAGCAAUACAAAUGCUGGAGAAGUAUGGAGCAACACUAAUGGAAGUAAAUAUUGAUGGGUCUUUGUCAUACCGUGGACCUCAGAAUGCUGAAAAGCAUUCUCGCUCAAAACCACUAAAUGUUGAAGAAGAAAAAUUUUUGAGGGUCUUUUAUGAGGGUAAAAUUCAAGAAGUAUGUGGAGCCUUUAAAUUUCCUCACAAAAUCCAGGCAACUGCUCUCAUUUACUUCAAAAGGUUUUAUUUGCAAUGGUCGGUGAUGGAACAUCACCCGAAACACAUUAUGUUAACCUGCAUAUAUGCGGCUUGUAAAGUAGAAGAAAAUCAUGUAUCAGCGGAGGAGCUUGGUAAAGGGAUUGAGCAGGAUCACCAAAUGAUUCUCAAUAAUGAGAUGAUAGUUUACCAGAGUCUAGGGUUUGAUCUUAUUGUUUAUGCACCCUAUCGUGCAGUUGAAGGUUUUAUAGAUGACAUGGUGGACUUCUGCCAAGCAAGGAAUGACCAGCUUCAAUUGUUGAAGGCUUUGCAUGAGACUGCAAAGGCGGAAGUUGAUAAAGCUAUGCUUACAGAUGCACCACUUUUGUUCCCCCCUGGUCAGUUGGCAUUGGCUGCUUUGCGCAGGUCAAAUGAGGUGCACGGAUUUCUUGAUUUUGAGAGAUACUUGAGGAACAUUCUCUCUCGUCAGCACCCUGUACACACCGUUUCGGAGCUCGCUGAAUGUCUCAAUGCUAUAGAUAAUUGGGUUGGGAAACUUAAGAUCCUUGCUGCCGAGGAUAUGAAGCACAUUGAUCGGAAACUGAAAUCUUGUCGAAAUCGUACCUCACAUGACGAUAAGAAACGAGAGAAGAAAUCAAAGCACAAAUCUAAAAGGAGUUCAAAUGACAUUCAAAACAUUCCCUCUGCUCCAGAGCUGUAUGUUCUUCCCAGUGUGGACUUUCACCAUUUCUGAUUGAAACAGCUUUCCUUUUUCACUUUUAAUUUAAUUGCAGCUCUUUUUUGCUUGUAUUGAUACCAGUAAGGGUGCCAAAUUGAGGUAUGAGGAGCACUGCCAUUGUUUAGUCAAGUAGCAAGGGUAUCGUAGAAAUUUAUCUGAGUUCAUUUUUAGCAUAGGCAGUGCCUCUCUAUUGCAAUAUGGUACAUUGCCAUUGGUUGUCCGCCGAUUUUAAGUGCACUGUAAAAAACUAACUGAUUUGUGGUUGUACUGACAAUAAUGGUUCCCUGCUUUUAGGUGAAUGUACCUUCAUUUCUCCCCCUUGCAGUCUUGAUGCCGGAUUCUUUGCUUGGAAAAUUACACUCCUGACUUUAGAGGGGUGAUGAUAUAAAGCAAUUACAGAUCUAAGGGGAUAUGGAAGUUAUCUGUUCAUGUUAACCCAGCUGUCCAGCAGCAGUCGACACCCAUUUUUCAGGUUCACGCAGUUUUGUGAGGUGUGCGUGCCUCACAUUAUUUACUGUAUGUGCGAUGAGCAAGUUUUGUAAUGAUUGGGAUAUUAUUCCUUUUCUGGUAGAAGGAAAUGUUUACUUUGUUAGAGAGAAAUCUAAGUACAUCGUCUAUAAUUCAAUGUCGAGAUGGAUUGUUAUGCAAAUUAAGUAUUAAACGGGCACGAGUAGAAAUAAGAGAGGCAUAGUUGCAUAACUUUUGAAAGAUGGUAAACUUUUGUU